AUGAUGACUGAUACUGAUGAUGUUAUUAAUGAAGAACGUCAAAUAAAUGAUGAUUAUAAAAUAUGGAAAAAAAAUUCAGCUUUUCUCUAUGAUUUAAUUAUGACACAUGCACUUGAAUGGCCUUCACUUACUGUUCAAUGGUUACCUCAUGUAACAAAACCUGAGGAUAGUAAAGAUUAUACAGUUCAUCGUCUUAUCCUUGGUACACAUACAUCGGAUGAACAAAAUCAUUUAGUUAUUGCAUGUGUACAAAUUCCAAAAGAUGGUACAAUAAAUGAUACAACUCAAUAUGAAUCAGAACGAGGAGAAUUUGGUGGUUUUGGUUUAUUUAAUGCUAAAAUUGAAAUUGAAUUAAAAAUAAAUCAUGAUGGUGAAGUUAAUCGUGCUCGUUAUAUGCCACAAAAUUCAUCACUUAUUGCAACAAAAUCUCCAUCAGCUGAAGUAUUAAUAUUUAAUUAUACGAAAUUAUCAAAUUUACCAAAAGAACAAUUGAUAGCAUUAAGUGCUGAUUCAUGUCCAGAAUUACGUUUACGUGGACAUACAAAAGAAGGUUAUGGUCUAUCAUGGAAUCCAAAUACAAGUGGACAUAUUUUAUCAGCAUCAGAUGAUCAUACAAUAUGUUUAUGGAAUAUUGAAAAACCACCAACAGAAGGAAAAUUUGUUGAUCCAUUAGCAAUUUUUUCUGGACAUCAAGCUGUUGUUGAAGAUGUUGCUUGGCAUUUAUUUCAUGAAACACUUUUUGGUUCUGUUGGUGAUGAUUGUAAAUUAAUGAUUUGGGAUACUCGUUCAUCAAAUUAUACAAAACCAUCUCAUGUUGUUGAUGCACAUGGUGCAGAAACGGUUGCACUUUGGGAUCUUCGAAAUCUUAAAUUAAAAUUACAUACAUUUGAAUCUCAUAAAGAUGAAAUAUUUCAAGUACAAUGGUCACAUCAUAAUGAAACAAUUCUUGCUUCAAGUGGUACAGAUAGACGUUUACAUGUUUGGGAUUUAAGUAAAAUUGGUGAAGAACAAACUAGUGAUGAUGCUGAAGAUGGUCCACCGGAAUUAUUAUUCAUUCAUGGUGGACAUACAGCAAAGAUUUCGGAUUUUUCAUGGAAUCCAAAUGAACCAUGGGUUAUUUGUUCAGUAUCAGAAGAUAAUAUUAUGCAAGUUUGGCAAAUGGCUGAAAAUAUCUAUACGGAAGAUGAAACUGAAGCAAAUUCUGUUGAUCUGGAAUAA